CGGAGAGAAGUGAAUCAUAUACACAUUUCAUAUACAUAGAAGAAGAAUAAAUAAAGAUGGCAUCAUUUUUUGUGGAAUUAUGGGAAUCUAUAUUCACUCCAGGGACUACCCCUGCAUUGAUUAAGGCAACACAUGCCUCAUUUAUCAUGCUUAUUAUUUCACUCAUUGUACUCAUUUUCUUUAGCAGAUCAAUUCAUUUUGUCAAUCUUUUAGUCAUUGCAUGUUUGUUAUAUGGAACCGUUGUUUGGUUUAUUGGAGAGUUGCAAAGGGUUAAGGAUGAACAGAAGGAGUUGGAUGAGAAGAAGAAGAAGGAGGAGGGUGUUGAAGGAGUAUCUACUGAAAAGAAGGUUGAAGAACAAUCUAUCAACACUGGAAGCGUUGGUACUGCAUCUGGUGUCUCUAAUGUCAGUGGCGUUAAGAAGAAGUCCAAGAAGUUGUAGUUAUGAUAUAUAAUCACUGGAAUAUAAAUGAAGUCAAUAUUUUCAAUAGAUCUAGAUGAUCGUUGAAGGUAUUAUUCAAUCGAACAUUAAU